UCUGGGUGACUACCUACUCAACUUUAUCCCAGUGCUGUUGGUCCGCACUCAGUUAAAUGACGUAGUGCCACUCAAGAGCAGAUCAGCAUGAUUACAGGUCAGGGAGUUAAUGAGAGGACCUUAGCGUUUUCCGCUGAGACUGACAAAGGCCAGGUGGAGGUGGAGAGUUAUAAAGGGCAAAGGUAGCCAAGUGGAGAUGUUCUCUGUACCUAUAUAGCCCUACAGGCCUUUUCAUCUGUAACCACCAGCUGCUCUGCUGCACUCAGGCCUCAGACACAGUGGUCUCCCUCCUAUGGCCAGGGUAGGAUGGACGGCGUCCAUGCUGUUACUGCUGAUGCUCUACUCCCCAGGGGUGCCCUCGGACCCCGUCCAGCACCUAUGUGGAUCCCGCCUGGUGGAUGCCCUCUACUUCGUGUGUGGAGAACGGGGAUUUUAUUACAGUUCAAACCGAAACCAAAAGCGGGAUCUGGAACAUCUGCUCGGGUUCCUGUCUAAAAGGGCCAGACAGGAGCAGCGGCUGUGGAGGGCUUUGUCUGGCCGGGAUGAGCCCAAGGUGAAGAGAGGCAUCGUGGAGCAGUGCUGCCAUAAGCCAUGCAGCAUUUACCACCUGGAGGGCUACUGCGAGUGACUCGCCACUCCACAACUAGCACUACUCAUAGCUUGUAAAAAGGUCCCGAAGUCAAUUUCUGGCCUCAUACUUGCUGGCUAUGUCUUAUCAACUGAAGGAAAUAAAGCUUCAUGACCCAUAACCCAA